CCCCGUAGAACUGAGAACCCGGUAAGCGGGCGAACCAGUGGGGUAACUGGUGUAAAAUGGCGCUGUCUCAAGGAACAAAGAAAAAAGUUUGCUAUUAUUAUGACGGUGACGUGGGGAACUAUUACUACGGUCAAGGCCAUCCCAUGAAGCCCCACAGGAUCCGCAUGACGCACAACCUCCUCCUCAACUACGGACUCUACAGGAAAAUGGAGAUCUAUAGGCCGCACAAAGCCAGUGCUGAAGAGAUGACCAAGUACCACAGCGACGACUACAUCAAGUUUCUGAGGUCUAUCCGUCCAGACAACAUGUCUGAGUACAGCAAACAGAUGCAGAGAUUUAAUGUCGGAGAGGACUGUCCAGUUUUUGACGGUCUGUUUGAGUUUUGCCAGCUCUCGACAGGUGGCUCAGUCGCUGGAGCAGUGAAGCUGAACAAGCAGCAGACGGACAUCGCCAUCAACUGGGCUGGUGGACUCCACCACGCCAAGAAGUCUGAGGCGUCCGGCUUCUGCUACGUCAACGACAUCGUCCUCGCCAUCCUGGAGCUGCUGAAAUACCACCAGAGGGUGCUCUACAUAGACAUCGACAUCCACCAUGGCGACGGCGUUGAGGAGGCCUUCUACACCACAGACAGGGUCAUGACCGUUUCCUUCCACAAAUACGGGGAAUACUUCCCCGGCACUGGAGAUCUGAGGGACAUCGGAGCAGGAAAAGGCAAGUACUAUGCCGUAAACUACCCUCUGAGAGACGGCAUCGACGAUGAGUCUUAUGAAGCCAUCUUCAAACCUAUUAUGGCUAAAGUCAUGGAGAUGUACCAGCCCAGUGCUGUGGUUCUGCAGUGUGGAGCAGAUUCUCUUUCUGGAGACCGACUGGGCUGCUUCAACCUCACCAUCAAAGGCCAUGCCAAGUGCGUGGAGUACAUCAAAAGCUUCAACCUACCUCUGCUGAUGCUGGGCGGAGGCGGCUACACCAUCCGCAACGUCGCCCGCUGCUGGACCUUUGAGACGGCCGUGGCCCUGGACUCAUCCAUCCCCAACGAGUUGCCCUACAACGAUUACUUUGAAUACUUCGGGCCCGACUUCAAGCUGCACAUCAGCCCCUCCAACAUGACCAACCAGAACACCAACGAGUAUCUGGAGAAGAUCAAGCAGCGGCUCUUCGAGAACCUGCGCAUGCUGCCUCACGCACCCGGAGUCCAAAUGCAGGCCAUCCCCGAGGACGCCCCACACGCCGACAGCGGAGACGAGGACGAGGAGGACCCCGACAAACGCGUCUCCAUCCGGGCCCACGACAAGAGGAUAGCCUGUGAGGAAGAGUUCUCAGACUCUGAGGACGAGGCCGAGGGGCAAGGUGGCGGCCGCAGGAACGCAGCCAAUCACAAAAAGGCAAAGAGAGUGAAGAAGGAGGAAGAGAAGGAAGGAGAGGAAAAGAAAGAAGUGAAAGAGGAAGAGAAAGAGGAGGAGAAGAUGGACACAUCUGGACCAAAAGAGGAGAUAAAGACAACUUGAAGUGAUCCUGAGGGAGACGUGUCCGUCCUGUUGUCCUCAGCCCAGAUUCCUGUUUUUCUCCUGCAACCAGAGGAUUUUUGUAUUCCUGUUUUCCUUCGUUCCUGCAGACAAACCUGCUUUCCAUUGUUUACAUGAGUUGAGCAGCAGGUGGAUGGGAUGGAGGUCAACCCCACCCACCUGCCAACCACUGUAUGAGAUGUAAAAUUCCCUCCAACCCCUGUGAGCUCUUUGUGGACAUCAGGUUUGCUGUGAUAAGAAAACUAUUUCCAUGCUGGGAUUUCUGAUUAAAGCCUGUCUGUGGGGCCUUCCUGUUUGGGUUUUUAUUUGUAAGUAUUUAUGAAGCAUCAAAAACCCGCCAUAGGCAAGCAGCUCCACCUUACCGCAUACUCAUCAGUGAAUGCAUGCGUCAUCUCACCUUCAGCAUGUAUAUAUUUCUUAGUCUCUGCCCUCCACCAGUCCUGACUCUCUGCUCAUUAAGUUAUUUUCAAUCAUGAAUCCGGUCGGCUCAUCCUCCCAGGAUUAUCUGCUCUGUGAACCCGUUUACCUUCCUGUGCUGUUUUUAUGUUUGCGAGUGAAUGGGGCCCUCUCCAGAGGAUGAUGUUGCUGAGCAAAUGACUUUAGAGAUUUUGUAUCAUUUUACAGAAAUGUAGAGAAAGCCAGUGAAGGGCUUUCAAAGUGUGGCUGGAGUUGUAUCCUUGUGAAAUGUGCAUUAUCAUAUCUUUGUCAUACAAAAAUAAAGAAAACUGAUUCAA